AUGUUCAAGUCGAGCAAGUCGAGCAAGGGCAAGUCCGGUGAAGAUGACGCACAGCAAAGUGGCGAGCAGCAUCAUGAGGAUCCGCUGCUGGUCUUCGUGAACAGCAAGAGCGGCGGGCGGCAGGGGGCGGCCCUGCUCCCCAAGUUCCGCGCCCUCCUGCCCCACGACCACGUCAUCGACCUCCUCGAGGACAACCAAGGCCCCCGCCCCGCGCUGGAAAAGUUCAAGGAGCUGCCCAACCUCAAGAUAUUGGCGUGCGGCGGCGACGGCACCGGCAAAUGGAUCCUUGAAACGAUGGACAAGAUGGGACUCGAUCCCAACCCGCCCGUCGCCGUCCUGCCGCUCGGCACCGGCAACGACAUCGCGCGCGUGCUGGGGUGGGGCGGCGGCUACGCCGGCGAGAAGGUGCCUCCCAUCCUGCAGGAGGUGCGCCAGAGCAAGAUCAACGACCUCGACCGAUGGCAGGUGCAGAUCAACACGGUGGACCCGCAGAGCGGCGAUACCACCGAGACCCAGGAGCACUGCAUGAACAACUACCUCUCCCUCGGGUUCGCGGACGCGCGUGUGGCGCUGGACUUCCACAAGAAGCGCGAGGGGUCGCCGUUCCUGUUCGCCACGCGGGGCAUCAACAAGCUGUGGUACGCCGGCCUCGGCGCCAAGGCCAUGCUCACCGACGCCAUCAGCGCCCCCUUCUUCGCCUCCGCCACCCUCGACAAAAUCCUCGAGCUCUCCGUGGACGGGAUCCCGGUGCCGUUGCCGGAGAUCGAGGGCCUCAUUCUGCUCAACCUGCCCUCCUACGCCGGAGGCCUCAACCUGUGGGGCACCACCAAGGAGGACCGAUUCGAUGUGGUGUCGAUGAACGACGGGCAGUUGGAGCUGAUCGGCAUCCGGAGCGUGUUCCAUUUCAGCCAAAUCGGCGCCGGCCUCGCCACCGGCGUGCGGAUAGCGCAGGGCAAGUCGGUGGAGAUUACGUACAAGCCCGACUCGCCGCCGCUGCCGUGUAAGAUCGACGGCGAGCCGUGGCUGCAGGAGCUUCCGGCCACCUUCAACGUCACCUGGGUCAAACGCUCCCAAAUGCUGUGCCGAAGCGAGUCGGUGGCGAGCGUGUCGAAGCCGACCAAGACGGGGUGGAUGCAGAAGAAGGGCCAGACCGGGCCCAUGUCGUGGCGCACGCGGUGGUUCGUGCUCAAGGACUCGACCCUCUACUACUACACCACCACGCAGGACACCAAGGCCAAGGGCAAGAUCGACCUCAAGUUCUCCGCCGUCACCGAAGACCCGGCGGCCCGGACCAGCUUCACCAUCUCCACCCCGGCCCGCGAGUGGUACCUCUACACCGACUCUGAAGAGGACAAGCAAGAUUGGAUCGGUGCGCUGAUGAACCACGGGUCGUUCCUGACGCAGGACAUGGAGCGCGUCCCCGAAAACAGCCAAUAA